AUGUCUGCUGAUGCGUCUUCCGAGCCUGCGGGCUCUCUUGUCGCUAAGCGGCAGUCAUUCUUUCGGUCGGUCCCUUUCCAAAUUAUCGUAGCAUGCGGUGUCUCCUUCACAGCUCCUGGCAUGUGGGACGCUCUCGGUGGAUUGGGAGCAGGAGGUGCUGCUGAGCCAUACGCUGUAUCCGCUGCCAACGCAUUGGUAUAUGGCCUCUUCUCAGUCGUAUGCGUAGCGGCUGGAGCCAUCAACAACCGUAUUGGACUCAAGUACGGACUCGCGCUGGGCGCCAUUGGUUACCCUCUAUAUGGUGCUGGCUUGUACACAAACAAUGUAUCCGCCAACACCUGGUUCAUGCUCUUUGGUAGUGCCAUUUGUGGUAUCUCGGCUGGAUUUUUCUGGGCUGCUGAGGCGGCUAUUAUCAUUGGAUACCCAAGUCCAGGAGACAGAGCGUUCUUCUUGGCUAUAUGGCAAAGCGCAAAGGCAGCUGGACCCAGGCGGACUGCUGGCUCAGUCUCAUCUUCAACAUACAUUGUCUUCAUCGUCAUCAUGUGCCUUGGUCUCCCCGUCGCACUGUUACUUUCCCCGGCGAACAAAGUCUGGCGCAAGGACGGUACUCGAAUUGUCACCUCUAUGUCCAGCAGCUGGGGCCAGGAGUUCAAAGCUGUUGGCAGACUGUUCAUCAGCCAAAGAAUCCUAUUAUUGCUCCCGGCAUUCUUCAUCAGCUACUUUUACAACGGCUUCGUGAGUACCUGGCUCACAACAUACUUCACGGUUCGCGCCCGCGCAUUUUCCAGCUUCUUUACCAACUUUGCCGGUAUUUUCAGCUCGUUCAUCAUUGCAGCACUUCUCGACAACCAGAAGAUCCACAUCAAAACUCGCGCACGCAUCGCGUUUCUGUCCAUCAUCACGAUCCUCGUCGGAACAUGGAUCUGGGCGACGAUCCUGCAGAAACAGUUUUACGAUAUGGCUGAAGCACCGGUCUUCGAUUGGUUCACAAGCGGCUUCGGAAAAAGCUACGCGCUCGUGUUCUUCUGGCAAUUUGGUGGCCAGGCGUUCCAGCAAUUCUUGUACUGGAUCGUCGGACAGUAUGCGACGGAUCUAUCGAAUUUGAGUCAUCACACCGGUAUCUUGAGAGGUGUGGAGGCCUUGGGCCAGACUGUUGCCUGGGCCAUGCAAUCCGAAGGUGGAGCCAACCAUUUCGUCAGCAUCGGUAUCAACUUCGCUUUCACAAUCUUGUGCGUUUUCCCCACUUGGAUAGUCAUCUCGAGAUUGGAGCACAGCCAUGAGGUUGUUGUUGUCAAUGCAGAAGAUGAGCAGGUAGACGCAAAGGUAGGUGACCGGUCUUAA